AUGUCACUGCCGUACAUGGGAUUACAAGCAAAACAAUAUCAAUAUUGUGAGGAACGAGGAAAGGCGAAAAGUCGCUGUUCGAACGUUGGUGUCUACGUGAUUGGGCAUGUUCUACAGGAACUUGUUGGUCAGCAUUUUGGCACCAAAAUUGAUCCGACGUUCAAUGCACCAAUAGCUAAUGUGACAGUCGCUGUCGGAAGAGAAGCAAUAUUAACAUGUAUCGUCACAGAUUUGGGUUCUUAUAAGGUAGCGUGGCUGCGUGUAGAUACACAAACAAUUUUAACAAUACAAAAUCAUGUAAUUACCAAGAAUCAUCGUGUUGGCGUCACAUUUACGGAAAAUAAGACGUGGCAAUUACGUAUUAAGGAUAUUCGGGAGUCAGACAAGGGUUGGUACAUGUGUCAAAUAAAUACAGAUCCGAUGAAAAGUCAAAUGGGGUAUUUGGAAGUUGUUGUUUCGCCGGAUAUAUUGGAUUACCCGACGAGCACGGAUAUGGUUGUGCGCGAAGGCACGAACGUUACUUUACGAUGCGUUGCAACGGGCUCGCCAGCCCCGCACAUUUUGUGGCGUCGAGAGAAUGGCGAAACAAUUACGCUGCCAAAUGGCGUAGAAGUGGCUAGCGUUGAGGGAUCAACCUUUACAAUUCCACGUGUAAACCGAGGACAUAUGGGUCCAUAUUUUUGCAUAGCAUCAAAUGGUGUGCCGCCAACCGUAAGCAAGCGCGUCAUGUUAAUAGUUCAUUUUCCGCCGAUGAUAUCUGUGCCGAAUCAGCUCGUUGGCGCCGUCGAAGGGCAACGCAUCGUGCUCGAAUGCUAUUCCGAGGCAUAUCCAAAAUCAAUUAAUUAUUGGACGAGAGAUAAAGGUGACAUUGUGCCAAUUGUAUCGCAAGGCGGAAAAUUCGAGCCAAAACUCGUGGAUGACAAAAACAAAGUUAUCAUGCGACUUGUUAUAAAUCACGUUAGUUCGGCAGACUUUGGCAGCUACAAAUGCAUAGCGAAGAAUUCUUUGGGAGAUACCGAUGGCACAAUAAAGUUAUAUAAAAUUCCCCAUACAACACUUAAUUCCCUGGAUCCAUUCAGCGAAUUACAUAAAAAAGGUAAAUCGAGAAAAGAAGGUAAUUAUUUUGAUUCUAACAAUGAUAUAGUAGAUGAUGACCUCGUAAAUACAAAUAAACGGAAAGAUUUAAUGAUUGACGGACCGGAUGGCGAUGAUUAUGUCAAUUCCGCAUCAAAUGUUAAUUUUGGUUGUAGUUUAGCUGUUAUUUAUAGUUGUAUGUUAUAUUCAAUAAUAUCAAUACAAUUGAGGAAUGUACUUUAA